UCGCUCCUUCGAUACAAGACCUGCCUACAGCUUCCAGCGGGCUGCUCCUGCUAGGAGGGGAAUACGGAGAGCAGAUAGAGACAGAGGCAGAGUUGGAGGGGUGGGAGACAAAAGGAGAGAGAGAAAGAAAGAAAAGAGAGAGAGAGAGAGCGGGAAGCCGGGGGUUGGACAGUUAAUUUCAUCCACACACACCGAGGAGAGCAGCCCGUACAGCCGCAGCGAAAACAUCACCUCGCCCCGCUGGGACGCAAGCAGAGAGCGACCGCAUCCAGCCAGCGUUCAGAUAGUAUGGAACACUAUGACGGAGAGAACGACUACAUGCACCAGGAAGAUGACUGGGACCGGGAUCUGCUCCUGGACCCAGCCUGGGAGAAACAGCAGAGAAAGACUUUUACAGCAUGGUGCAACUCACACCUCAGAAAAGCCGGCACGCAGAUCGAGAACAUCGAGGAGGACUUUCGGGACGGGCUGAAGCUCAUGCUGCUGCUGGAGGUCAUUUCAGGUGAACGCUUGGCCAAACCAGAGAGAGGCAAGAUGAGAGUCCACAAGAUCUCCAACGUCAACAAAGCGCUCAACUUCAUCGCCAGCAAAGGAGUGAAGCUGGUCUCUAUCGGAGCAGAAGAAAUUGUAGACGGUAACGCUAAGAUGACCCUGGGAAUGAUCUGGACCAUUAUCCUUCGCUUCGCCAUCCAGGACAUUUCUGUGGAAGAGACGUCGGCCAAAGAGGGCCUCCUGCUGUGGUGCCAGAGGAAAACUGCGCCCUACAAGAACGUCAACAUCCAGAACUUUCACAUCAGCUGGAAGGACGGCUUGGGCUUCUGUGCACUCAUUCAUCGACACCGUCCAGAACUCAUAGACUACGGGAAACUGCGCAAGGAUGACCCCAUGACCAACCUGAACACGGCCUUUGACGUGGCAGAGAAGUACCUGGACAUCCCCAAAAUGUUGGAUGCAGAAGACAUCAUUAGCACCUUGAGGCCAGAUGAGAAGGCCGUCAUGACUUAUGUGUCGUGUUACUACCACGCGUUCUCAGGCAAGCAGAAGGCGGAGACGGCGGCCAACCGGAUCUGCAAGGUGCUGGCGGUGAACCAGGAGAACGAACAGCUGAUGGAGGACUAUGAGAAGCUGGCCAGUGAUCUGUUGGAGUGGAUCCGUCGCACCAUCCCCUGGCUGGAAAACAGACUGCCUGAGAACACCAUGCAGGCCAUGCAGCAGAAGCUGGAGGACUUCAGGGAUUACCGUCGUCUCCACAAGCCGCCCAAAGUGCAGGAGAAGUGCCAGCUGGAGAUCAACUUCAACACCCUUCAGACCAAACUGAGGCUCAGCAACAGGCCCGCCUUCAUGCCCUCCGAGGGAAAGAUGGUCUCGGACAUUAAUAACGCUUGGGGAAGCCUAGAGGGAGCGGAAAAGGGUUACGAAGAGUGGCUCCUCAACGAGAUUCGCCGGCUGGAGCGACUCGACCACCUGGCGGAGAAAUUUCGGCAGAAAGCGGCGAUUCACGAAGCCUGGACCGAAGGUAAGGAGGACUUGCUGCAGAAGCAAGACUACGAGACUGCCUCGCUGUCGGAGAUCAAGGCUCUGCUGAAGAAACACGAGGCCUUUGAGAGCGACCUGGCCGCACACCAGGAUCGCGUGGAGCAGAUUGCAGCGAUAGCGCAGGAGUUAAAUGAGCUGGACUACUACGACUCCCCCAGUGUAAACGCUCGCUGCCAGCGGAUCUGCGAUCAGUGGGACGCACUGGGAGGCAUGACCGUGAAACGCACUGAGGCGCUACAGAGAACUGAGAAGUUGCUUGAAACUAUCGACCAACUGUACCUUGAGUUUGCCAAAAGAGCAGCGCCAUUCAAUAACUGGAUGGAGGGCGCCAUGGAGGACCUGCAGGACACUUUCAUCGUUCACACAAUUGAAGAAAUCCAGGGACUGAGCACAGCCCACGAGCAGUUCAAAGCCACGCUGCCAGAGGCUGACAAAGAGCGCCUGGCCAUCCUUGGCAUCCACAAUGAGAUUGCCAAAAUCGUGCAGACCUAUCACGUGAACAUGGCCGGCACCAACCCCUACACAACCAUCAACCCACAGGAGAUCAACGCUAAAUGGGAUAAGGUCAGGCAGCUGGUGCCUCAGCGAGACCAGGCUCUGAUCGAAGAGCACGCCCGGCAGCAGAACAACGAGCGUCUGCGCAGGCAGUUCGCCACACAGGCCAACGUCAUUGGGCCCUGGAUCCAGACCAAGAUGGAGGAAAUCGGCCGGAUCUCGAUCGAAAUGCAUGGCACCCUAGAGGACCAACUGACGCACCUCCGCCAGUACGAGAAAAGCAUCGUCAACUACAAGCCAAAGAUCGACCAGCUGGAGGGAGACCACCAACUCAUUCAAGAGGCUCUCAUCUUUGACAACAAACACACCAACUACACAAUGGAGCACAUCCGUGUGGGCUGGGAGCAGCUACUCACCACCAUCGCCCGCACCAUCAACGAAAUUGAGAACCAGAUCCUGACACGAGACGCCAAGGGCAUCAGCCAGGAGCAGCUGAACGAGUUCCGCGCCUCCUUCAACCACUUCGACAGGGACCACUCGGGCACUCUGGGCGCGGAAGAGUUCAAGGCCUGCCUGAUCAGCCUGGGCUUCGAUAUCGCCAACGACGCGCAGAAGAGAACAGGAAUCAUGGAUGCAGAAGACUUCAAAACCUGCCUUAUCUCCAUGGGUUACAACCUGGGGGAAAACGAGUUCUCCCGCAUCAUGAGCACAGUGGACCCCAACAGAAUGGGCAUCGUCACCUUCCAGGCCUUCAUAGACUUCAUGUCCCGCGAGACGGCCGACACGGACACAGCCGACCAGGUCAUGGCGUCCUUCAAGGUUCUCGCUGGGGACAAGAACUACAUCUUGGCUGACGAGCUGCGCCGCGAACUGCCCCCAGACCAGGCCGAGUACUGCAUCGCGCGCAUGGCCCCCUACACGGGCCCCGACGGUGUCCCCGGAGCCCUGGACUACAUGUCCUUCUCCACGGCUCUAUACGGGGAGAGCGACCUCUGAACACUGGCGUCGGGCGUCCUGACCCGGGACCAUCCUCUCCCCGCUCCGUUCACCGCCACGUGCUCCGACUCGUCUCCACUCUCCUGUCCAGCUGUGCUGAUUUUUUGUUUUGUUUUCUUUUUUGUACGUUUCAGGCCUUAUCUUUUUGUCAGUAUCUUCCGUGACCUCUCAACUGUCCAGCUUCGUCACCGCUCCCUCCUCCCCUCCCUCGCUCCGUCUUUGUUGUGUUUGCUUUUCAUCGCAAAGCAGCGACUCUCCAGGUUUACAAAGAGGGAGAGAUAAAAUGUGGGGGUUUUUUGUCAUUGAUUUUCUUCAGAAAAAUGAAUAAAGUUAACAUUAUUUUAUUAUACUGAACAAAAAAAAGGUAUUUUUCUUCACCUGGUUAAAUAAGAGACGAAAAAUUGUAAUAAAGAAAAAAAAAACACGUC